AACUCUGCGCCCGCUUACCACGUAUUAUAUCCUGCGCAUAUUCGCUCGCGAUAAAUUUGUGUUGCAUGAAAUGUACACAAACCUGUGGAGGAACAGACGAGAACGGAAACAUCCUAGCUAUUUCUGAUCGAAACGGGCAUUUUUACAGAUUUUUAGUCUAAUCUAGACACUACAUUAAAAUGAUGGAAGGUCUACUCAACAUUGAGCAGUUGCUCCAAGCUGCAGAGUUUUUGGAAAGGAGAGAAAGAGAACAUGGUUAUGCAUCACCAUACACACAUGAAGCAAAUAAUAAGAGGAAACACCGGGUGAAGAGGCUGAAUUCCAAUAGUAGCCGAUCAACGCACAAUGAAUUGGAGAAAAAUAGGCGCGCACAUUUAAGAACGUGCUUGGAGAGACUAAAAGAAAUGGUACCACUCGAUGGAGAUAUGCCUCGCCACACCACACUAGGUCUCUUAACAAAUGCAAAAGAAUUCAUUGUGGAUCUGGAGGAGAAGUCCGCGCGGUUUGCCUUACACAAAGACCAGCUAUGCAGAGAACAGCGCUUCCUAAGACGGAGACUGGAUUACUUACAGUCUACCUUGCACAGACAGCGUCAAGACAGUACAGGAAGCUCCUUGGCCUCCGAUGACUCAGAGAAAGAUGACGUUGAUGUAAUUGGGUAUGACAGUGAUAAUCGCAGUAUUGCAUCGGAUCUGAACAGCAGUGAUGGAGACCUUGCGGUCGCUACCAAAGAGAUUAUCAUCACUGACUUAUAGCUCCGGAGAGAAUUUCUAUUCACAAAGUUUAACAAAAAAUAAUCUUCUUUACUUGCUGCUGUGUUUAAAGGAGUUCAAGAAAAGACUGUCUGUGUAUUAACACCCAAUGGAGAUAUCCGUGGCCACGCCCGCUGGCCGGUCUGCUGAGGAGUAACCAGUAAAGAUAUGAAAUAUUCAAGUGCCAAUAAAAAUAUAUCACAUUCAGGAAAUGGAGAAAUUUUCAGAUUUAAAGAGUUAGAAGAAAAGUUAGGUCAUUUUGAAUGGCGACUAUUUAUGGAAUAGCAUUUGGGCAACAUUUUAUGUCAUUAGCUGAAUAGCUGAUAAUGAUUGGACAAUGCUUGUUGACCAGUGAGUAUAAGAAGAGAAUUAAUUCCAAUCAGUACCUCGACAAUACUAUUUCUCCUGUUGAGGAAUACCUGUCAUUCAUACUAUGUAGAGCUUUCAUUCAUGGAGUAUUUUCCCAUCAUGAAUACAUGUACAUUGAUAGGAAAUGGUUUAUGAGAUUUAAAACAAAAUAUUUGGUAAUGCAUUCAGUGGAAUUCGAAAUUUCAGUUGCAUGUACACCCACAAUUUGAAAUUGCAUGUGUGUUAAUAAUCAUCUCUUGUUUAUAAAACACGCGAGUUCAAUGUUACGGGCAUUCGGAAGUCCUUGUGUAUUGAUAAUGCCGACAUGGCAGUCAAACUUGUCAUGGUUUCUUUUUUAAUUUUUCCUGUGGAGCUACGGGACUCUGUCCGUCAUACACUGAAUGUUUACUAAUAAUGAUGUGUGUGAAAAAAUGUUUCAGUAUUAAAAACUUUUUGGAGGGAUUUCCCUCCGUGAUUCUUAUACUAGUUCCUUCUGUUUACAUCCUCAAUUGCUGCAAUGAAAAAAAAAGAGAGUAAAGUUACUAUCACUCUAGAUGCUGCAGUACAUCUGCCUUUUUUGCAUACACUCAUGUACACUUCCUCUGACACGAUUCCCUUCACAUGGUGCUGCAUGGCUGCAUUUUGAAGAGCAAAACUAAAGUGUUGAUUGUGAGUGGACAAAUUAAAGCCAGAACAAAACACUCAAUGCAGGUAUACUACAGUGGAUUCGCAUUUCGCAAUGAUUAAGUGGCUUAUAAGUGCCCUCUAUUGGCCAGUUUGAGACAGGCUGUUCUGGAGCUAAUUUGCAAAGCUUCAUACUGGCAACUGAUUGCAUUGGCCAAUUUGAAGGAGUCCAAAGUUCCAAAGAAUGUUGCAUGGGGUUGGUCAUGUAGUUCAAGUGCAACCGGAAGAGAUAGAUACUGUAAGUUCUACUUGGGUGUUCAGAUAUAAAUCAUGCAGAUAAGAAAGUCACUAAAUUCUCCAAGAGACAAAUUGCACUGCACAUAGAAAUGGGUUUAUGGGACCAAGCACAAAUCUUGUAUGAUUUUUGUGGCUUGUCUUCUCAGCUAAUAUUUGUCAUGUUAUUCUAGAAGCAUUGUAAGUACCGGGGUACAUCCUUUUUAGGGGGGCAGUCGUACUAUGAAAUUCUUCCUCAUUGUCAGUAAAAUGAGACAGAUUAGAAAACUGAGAAACCCCCCAAAAAAAGUUUACCCGAAAAGCACUUGAAAUAUGAUCUAAACCCUGAUAACAAGGCUGCUUGUUGUGAAUCCACUGUUGUUCUUAAGAAUAAAAGGUAAAUGUGAAAUUGAUAAGCAUGCAAUGAGAGAACAAUGUAACUGGUGUAUUCAUCUCUUUCAGCAUGCUAAGCACUAAGAGCAUCAUAUGUGAAAUGAUCCCUUUAUCUUGGUGCAAAGUCACAAAUGUUUCAAAACCUCUUGGACUUGGGAUUGAGAUUCACAUGGAAGUGUAGUUAAAUCGAUGAUUGCUCCUUAAUUUCAGACUUACAGUAAGUUCUGCGGAGGCUUGUUUUGCAGACGUCGAUCUGUGACAGAACAUCAAAUGAAUGAUGAACGUAACAUGUUGAAUGUGUAAUAUGAAGUACUGCUAAUAGUAACCUGAAAGGUCCAAGUUAACUGAUGCUGCACAUCAAAUACUUUCUAAAUGUACACCACCUCUCAAAUAAUUACGGUAAUUGAUAAUAUUGCAAGUAUGAUUGAAAGUCUGAAACCAUACUUAGAUAACUUGCACUGAGUCUCAUCAGUCAUAAUUUUGAUUCUUUAAUUCAAUAAACAAGGAUUUUUUUUUUUUCUCUCCCUCUGGGUAAAAAAUGUGCUCUAUUUUCUUCUUUUUUUUUUUAAAAGAAAUUAUUUAUAUUGUAACUACGAUAAAGAGAGAUAAAAAUACUAGGUGUUAUAGCUGAUUCACUUAUGUAAUAGUAGCUCUUAGUUAUGUAUGGUAUUGGUAAAAAUUGAAAUGAAAAAAAAUUGAGUCUAUACAUGUAAUUCUUUUUAAAUUCGAGAUUUAAAAUGUCUUGUUUAACCAUGGCUAACAGGGCUCAAAAGAAUCUUGUAUUUAGUCUUGGGAUUAAGAAAUCUAGUAGUGAGCAAGUAAUAUUUAAUUAAAAAGUGGGUAAAAGCAAUAAAUUGGGAUAAAAUUCGAGGUGUUUUAUGAGGGAGAGAUGUUAAUAAAAGAUAUGGGGAAAUAUGGUUUUUGACCAUCGACAUGUUAAAAAAAAAUGUAUAACAUUCCUCUAAAGAGAGGUGUAGAUGUAGCAUGGUUUUUUGUGCUUCAGUUUUCAUUGUGAUUUCAAAGGUUUGUGUACAGUUAUGCAGCUACAUGCCAUGGUAUGCUCUAUGCUGCAUGCUGCCGUUGAGGAGUUUGUAGUGAUCGUUUCUAGCAUAUUUUUUGUUAGCUUGUGUCUGUCGUCUUGUGUAUUGGUUUAUAUCUGGAAGCGUUUCUGCUGAUUUUUAUCGACAUGUAUUGUGUACGAUACAAAGUGUAUUCUUCAGUGAAUAAGAACCGCUUGUUUGUUUGUCGUCAAAUUGAGAUGAUUUUUUUUUUAUAAGGUUAUUAAUAUAUAUGACUCUCUUGCUCCUUUGCAAAAGGCAAAUUAUUUUAUAACUUGUGAACACUAUUUAAAGUACAUGUAGAACAUUUUAUGUAUACUUGUAAAUACAGGGUGCUUCUACAAAUUCUGAAAUCUUAAUAUAAAAUAGAAUAGCCCUUGUCGUGCAGGUUGCAGUUUUGCAAGUAAUCUGCUUUUGAUUUGUCUUAUUCUAAUAUCAAUUUGUUCGAAGGAAUUUUUCCACUAUCAUAUUAAGGAUUGAUAUAGAGAAGUUACAGGCAAAUACAUGUAAUGAAAGGCACAGUGUAAGUUUCCUGAUAUUGAAGAUUUUUGAGAUUCUGGUCGAAUGUAAAUUGUUGCACGCUACAUCAUAUGUGUAUGGAGUAUCAAAGUGAUAAAGUCACAGUCCUUUGUUACAUCAUAGCAAUGGUUCCAAACAGACAAAUAGUUUUAUUUUUAUUAUUUUUUUUGGGGGGGCUACUUUUUACAAUCUUUUGUCUAAAUCUACAACAUAGGGUUCACUUUAAUAUUACCAUGAUUGGGGACUUUUGAGGAUUUUCAUGUAACAUUUAUUUUCCAAUUUUCCAGGGCACUUUUAACCAUUUUGGGAUGAAAUUGCCCGAGCCUCCUGUAUUUUAAACGCAGUUCUUUAUCAGUAAUCUUUGCACCAGUGGAUCCAGUCACACCGAGACCAAACCAAGCAACAGUAUGCCAUUCAAAAGAACAUAACAAUUUUGAUCAGACCCCAUUCUGUUUGCUUGGUGCGACUGUGUCCUCGGAUCCAGAACUUGAGGCUACUUGAAACUGUUUGGAACCAGUUUGCCAUGGGGACGAAUGACGGUGAUGUCACACUUUCGUCCUCUCUUGAGAAGAAUGUCCACAUAUUAAGAGUGAAUAAGAUAGGGAUAAUAAUUCUUGUAUGUUCACAAGUCAGCUUCCUCUGUACUAAAUGCAUGCAGGGAUAUCGAUGUCACAUAGUACUUCUAAAAUAACUCCAUUGUAACUGUCAGCAAUACUUUUCUGAGAUUCCUGGGUCCCGUUUCAUAAUGACACUUCUAAUAGCAAAUUUGCCAUCAGCCAAUCAGAAAAUAGGAUUUCAGUAGCUUUUAACUGUUGUUGCCUAUUGUACCAUGCUUUAUGAAAUGGGUCCCUAUCCCAGUUACCAUUCAUUUCUUCCAUUACUGAGGGGUGUUGCAGGAAACGUAGUUAGUUUGCAAUUGCCUGCAAAUGACCAACUUAUUAUCAUAUGACUAGGACUACUUUCUUGCGCUAAAUCAGAUUCCCAAUUGUCUCGAUUCUUAUUCUUAAUAAGCAUCUUAAUGGAGAAUUGAAAUAUUUUCAAAUUUGGAUUUUGCAUUUAAGAAAAUGUGCUUCAUUUAUGUUAAGACCAGGAAGGUUUGGGUAUCUCAUUUAGCUCAAGAACGGGACAACCGUUGUUUGGAGAGUCUUGCAUCGACUUCCGAACGUCAUUAUGAAACCGUCCCCAGCAAUUGGUUGUAAACUUGCAACCAGUUGUAAAGAAUAAUGAUGGAUGUGGGGAAUCUAAAUCAAUUGCAAAGCUCUUGCACUUGAUUUGCCAGUUUCUUGCAAUGCCCCUGAAGAAAUGCAACCAUUUCCCACUUGAAUGGCAAAGUAUGAUUUUUUUUUCAAAGUAACUUAAUAGUUAUCCUUAUUCAUCCCCUUCAGUAAAUUUAUGACAACCAAGUUUGUUAUGAACAUGAUUGGAUAAAAUGGAAAAUACUUGAUCAAAUGGGGGUUACUGGAAUGGAAAUAAUAGCUGCAUAUUUUGUUGGAUGUGCUAUUUACAGUUUACAUCACAUAAUUUCUUCGUGAAAAUGUGAAACGGAUCAACUUUUUAAAAAAGUGAGUAGAAGGAUCAAUGAUUUUAAGAAGCUAUUUUCUCAGCAUUCUUAUGCCAAUUUUCAUUUCAUCUUCAUCAUUGUAUUACAUACCAUUUUCCCUGUUUUUUUUUUGUAGGAACAAUGUAAAAGUUGCCCCUGAAUGAAGUGCUACAUGGAUAUAGUGUAUGAAUUUCGUCCGCAGUUUCCAACUGUUUUAAAAGCCCCAUUCAGCCUUCUUGCCUAUGAUAAAUUGUUUUUUAUCAAGUCCGCUCCCGCACUAUUUCUUAAUCUUCCCCCAUUUUAUUGGAAACUGAACUCGAGAAGCAGCCACCACAAACAGACUAUUUAUUUCUCUUUAUUUUUUGCAACUGUACAAAGUGUGACCUUAAAUUAUAAACAGAUUUUACCCUUCAAAAGUCUGAGAUUUUCUUUUUUUCAGUGUUAACUCAUUACAAUGAUUAUUAUUCUUUUUUUAAAGUUUUGUAAAUACUGCCUUUUUCUGUAUGUUGAAAAUAAUUAUCAGAAUUGUAUAUGUCUACAAUAUAUAUUACUGUAGAAAUUAUUUGUAGAUCUCUGCUUGUAUUGUGUGUAAACUAUGAUAAAUGAAAUAAAAAGUUCUAUUUCCACAUAAGAGAAUAAAUUGUGUGAACUAUA